AUGGAGAAUGUCACAAUGUUGAUUGUUGGUGCUGGGCCAGCAGGCCUCGCGACAGCAGCAUGCCUUAGCCAAUUCUCCAUUUCUCAUGUCAUCGUCGAGCGCGAGAACUGCAGUGGGUCACUCUGGCGGCACCGUGCCUACGAUCGCCUCAAGCUGCAUCUUGGAAAGGAAUUCUGUGAGUUACUACACAUGUCAUACCCAGCAGAUGCAACAACAUACAUACCAAAAAACAUGUUUGUCAAGUACUUGGAUGACUACAUUGAGCAUUUCAAUAUCCAACCAAAAUAUCUCACCAGUGUGGAGUCAUGCAUAUAUGACAAUGAUAAAAAGUGCUGGUCUAUCAAGGCGCUGGACAUGGCAAAGUGCAUGACAACCGAUUUCACAACACAGUUUCUUGUUAUGGCUACUGGUGAGAAUAGCGCAGAGAAUAUCCCAAUGGUCUCCGGCCUGCAAUCUUUUCCGGGUGAGACCAUCCAUUCACGAAACUACAAGUCAGGCGAAAGAUUUUAUGGGAAAAAGGUGUUGGUCAUUGGAUCCGGUAACUCUGGGAUGGAAAUUGCUUAUGACCUUGCAUCUCAUGGUGCCAAUUCCUCGAUUGUUAUACGAAGCCCGAUUCAUGUAAUGACCAAGGAAUUAAUCCGACUGGGGAUGACACUAGCUCGUCAUCUUCCACUGCAUCUAGUGGAUAACCUCCUUGUGAUGGGUGCAAAUUACAUAUUUGGAGACCUAUCAAGGUAUGGCAUCACGCGGCCAAAAUUGGGUCCAAUGAGCCUUAAAUCAAGAACUGGCAGGUCAGCGGUAAUUGAUGUUGGGACUGUUGGUUUAAUUAAGAAAGGCAUCAUCAAAGUUCAAAGAGAGGUCACUAACAUCAAGGGCAGAACUGUUGAAUUUCAAUGUGGAAACAAAGUUUCAUUCGACGCGAUUGUCUUUGCAACGGGAUACAAAAGCACGACAAACAUUUGGAUCAAGAACAAUGAGAGCAUGCUAAAUGAAAAUGGAAUGCCAAUCAAAGAAUACCCCAAACAUUGGAAAGGUGAAAAUGGACUAUACUGCACUGGUUUAGCAAGGACAGGAUUGGCCGGUAUUGCUAUGGACGUCAAGAAUAUCGCCAAUGACAUUAAUGAUAUGAUAGGCUCUUUCUCCAACUAA